AUGACAGAUCCGUUAGUCGGCGAAAUGUCGCCAGCAGAAGCAGAAUCAGUCUACUUCAAUGAAUACCCUCCACCAAAGGCCCUUCCCAAGCAUGAAGCCCUGGCGCGCGCAUUCAUCAACCUCCACGUGGAGGAGAACAGACGAGUAGUCCUCGUCACAUCAGGAGGCACAACUGUCCCCCUAGAAGCUCAAACCGUGCGAUUCAUCGACAACUUCUCCGCCGGAACACGCGGUGCCACAUCCGCCGAGCUCUUUCUAGAGCAAGGCUACGCCGUAAUUUUCCUGCACCGCCAAUACAGUCUCCUCCCAUACUCGCGACACUACAGCCACUCAACAAACUGUUUCCUGGACUUCAUGGACGAAGCCCCGCCAUCCUCGGAAUCCUCAAGCUCAGGCAGCGACAACGGACCGAUCAUGGUACGCGACGAAUACCAAGACCAAAUGCGCAGUGUGCUCCGCAAAUACCGUUACGCAAAACAAAACAACCGCCUCCUCCUCCUACCCUUCACAACAGUCUCAGAAUACAUGUUCGAGCUGCGCUCACUCGCACAACUCAUGCGCCCGCUCGGCGCCAACGCGCUCUUCUACCUCGCCGCCGCAGUAAGCGACUUCUUUAUCCCGCGCAGCCGAAUGGCCGAACAUAAGAUUCAAUCCUCGGAAUUACCCGCCCACCUCCAAAACACCAAUGACGCCACCGUCGACUCGGAUGAAAUCUAUACCGGCGAAAACGAAGAAGAACCCUCCAACCGCAAGAAACUCGUCGUGAACCUGGACCCCGUACCGAAGUUCCUGCAUAGACUCGUGGACGGCUGGGCGCCGGAGGGGAGUAUGGUUGUCUCGUUUAAGCUCGAAACGGAUCCCUCAUUGCUUGUUUACAAGGCGCGAACUGCGCUGCAGCGGUAUUCGCAUCAUCUUGUUAUUGGUAACUUGCUCUCCACGCGCAAGUGGGAGGUUGUCUUUAUCACGCCUGAUGCGCCGUACGAGCGCUGGCUGCGGGUGCCGAAGUCCAGGCGUAGUAAAAGUAUUUCGGGUGUUGAGGAUCAGGUUGGGUUGGCGGAGGCUAAGAAGGGGAAUACUGCGCCUGCGGAGCAGGUUGAGAGGGAUGGUGUUCUUGAUGGGAGCCAUGAUGGGAUUGAGAUUGAGAGUCUUAUUAUUCCUGAGUUAAUUAAGCUGCAUGAUAAGAUGGUUGAGAAGAAGGGCCAGUCUGCUUGA